AUGUCAGGUUCCAACACAACCAAGUUUACCAACCCCUCCACCUUCAUCCUGCUGGGAAUUCCUGGCCUGGAGUCAGCCCACGUCUGGAUCUCCAUCCCCUUCUGUACCAUGUACGCUAUAGCCACCUUGGGGAACUUUUCCAUCCUGUUCAUUGUGAAGAGGGAGCCGAGCCUCCAUGAGCCCAUGUACUAUUUCCUCUGCAUGCUGGCCAUCACCAACCUGGUCGUGUAUAUGUCCACCCUGCCCAAAAUGCUGAGCAUCUUCUGGUUCCAUGCAAGGGAGAUCGAUUUCAGUGCCUGCCUCACCCAGAUGUACUUCAUUCUCAUCUUCUCAGUGAUAGAGUCUGGUAUCGUCGUGGCCAUGGCUUUUGAUCGCUACGUGGCCAUUUGCAAUCCCCUGAGAUAUUCCACUAUCCUGACAGACUCCUUUGUGGCCAAGAUCGGCCUGGCCGUGGUGCUGCGUGGCAGCAUAGUCAUACUGCCUUUUCCCCUCUUAGCGAGGCAGUGGCCUUAUUGCAGAACCAACAUCAUCCCCCAGCCGUACUGCGCACACAUAGCUAUGGUGAACCUGGCCUGCACCGACACCCAUGUCAGUAGUUACUAUGGGCUUUUUGUGCUUUUCUGUGUGAUGGGUCUGGAUGGGAUUUUUAUUGCCCUGUCAUAUAUCCAGAUUCUCAGGGUCAUUUGCAGCCUCCCCACUAAGGAUGCCCGUCUCAAGACUUUGGGGACCUGCGGCUCCCACCUUUUUGUCAUUUUAGCCUUUUACAUCCCAGGUCUCAUCAUCUCCCUCAUAUACAGAUUUGCCCAAAAUAUGCCCCUGCAUUUCCAUGUUCUCAUUGCUAACGUGUACCUCCUGCUGCCCCCCUUGCUAAACCCCCUCAUCUAUGGGGUGAGGACCAAACAGAUCCGGGACAGGCUGCUCCGGCUCUUUACUCAU